GUUUUUUUUAUUUUUUUUUUAUGUUAUUGGUGAACCUGAUCGAUGUUUUCCAGCUCCCACCUGGCCCGGACAGAGUUUGUUUGCAGGGAGUGGAGAGCAGUCAGUCGGAGACAGUUUGAGCAACGGUUAAUUAUCACCGCCUGCUAACAGGCUAGCUAGCGAAGUGACACGGCUGUUAACAGCUCCGUCUCUUUUGUUUAUUAAUUUAACGACGGCCCAACCCAAACCGAUAGCCGAGUGGAGAUUAUGCGGACGCUUUCCCCGUGUUUUUGGGCGAUUUCAGAGAAGUGUGUCCGCCACCGCAGGAUUAUUUUCGGAGGAGUCUGGAGAGACGGUUUGCAGUGAAAGGAAUGGAGUUGCAAAGUGGCUGUGCCCCCUGUGCCAACAAGGCCAGUCUGACAGAUCUUCCUUGUCUCUACAUCUCACUGAGCAACACAGCGUACUUCCAUCGUGUGUGGACAGACUGCUGGACAUUGUAAGUUUGGCUGUUUUAAAACAGGCUGCCAGUGGAGGAGAAGAGUACAAAGGUGUUUGGCAGCCCACAGAUGCUGAAUUUUCCCAACUGAUGUCAACUGAGGAGACCCAUUCAGACCCCUGCCAAUCUACAGAGUGUUCAUACGUAGGCCAGACGCUUGGAGACAAAGGGAUGGAGGAAGAAAGAAUAAUGGAACAGGAGGGAGGUGAAGCCGAGGCGGCUUUAGUAGAGGAGGAGGGAAACCUACUCCCAGAAGCCAAACUACAGAUUACAACAGAAAACUCUGAAAUACCAGGCACAAGUGAAAAGUCAGUUGGUAAAAACGGUGUUCCAGCUGAAAAAAGCACCCGGUUAUUCAAAUGCAAUGCCUGCCUGGAAAGUUUCUCCAGCAAGACUGCCUUGAGUGUUCAUUAUACCUCUGCAUCCCACAUUCAGAGAAUGUCCUCAGGCACUGCAAAGCAAGGUGUAGAAAGUGGUACCCAGCCUCCCUCAGUUGCAGGUCUGUCUCGGCCUUAUAUAUCAAACAAGCCCUACCAGUGUGCUGUGUGUCGAGUCUCCUACAAUCACUCCAUCACCCUUGAGAGCCAUAUGAAAUCUGUUUUGCACCAGACCCGCAGCAGAAAUGCUGGCAUGGUUCCAAACGGUGGAGUAACUGCUGCUGGUUUGAGAGGUAGCAACACCAGCGCUCCAAACCUUGUAGUGACGACUUCAGAAAGCAGAGGCAGCUCUUUGGGUACCACCAGCAACCGUGCUGCUCCUGGGACAGUGAUGGUGAGUGCCGCAAAAGAUGGAGAACAGAUAACGGGUACACAAGUGGCUCCCUCCCUCCUUACCUCCCCGGUGGCCUCAGCUCAGGCAGUCUCAGCCUUUCUCACCCUGCUCACGUCAACUCCCAGCACCCUGUCGCAUUCCAUCCUCCCAUCACUGUUCGCGGCGGGUGCUGCUCCUGGUGCCGCGGCGCCUCAGCUCGUGCCUCAGCCUCACAUGGUCAUGCCCCUGAUCUUAAAUGGGCUCCAAGCCCAAACUCAGCAGCAUCAAGAGAACCAGCAAGGCCAGCUCCUUACUCAGUGUGUGCCAUUUGUAGGCCUAAACCCAGCCCAGCAAGCCCUCCUAACCCAAAGACUUAACAGCUUACAGAACCAGUGGCCCUCACCAGUUGUUCCAGCUCACAUGCAGCCCUCUCAGGAAGAGCCAGGGCAAGAGAGGCAGAGCGGCGAUGAAAAGUGCUCAGACCAGUUCAAGAAUGGGGACAACAGGACUUCAGAGAAUGUAAAGGGAGAGAGACCUGAAGGAGAAAAUGCACUGUCUGCAGAUGUAGAAUGCCAAGAGAAGGCUGACGGUGAUGAGGACAAGUUAACAGAACAUCAAGAUGGCACAACAGAGGGAAAUGGCUCUACAAAUCAGGUGAACUCGAAAGGUGAUAAAGAAACUUGCCUGAAUAAUUCCCCGGCAGGCACAGGCAAGGGCCUCCGCAAUAACAACCUCUCGCCUUCAGCAUCUGUGGCCAGCAGCUCCAGCCUCAGUCCGGUAAAUUUAAACCUUACACUUAGCCCUGAUUCCACCCCUCGAAAAUCUCAGUCUGGCACCACCCCUUAUGGCUCACCAAAAACCAGCCCAAAUAAUAAUGCCUUUACUACCAGCCGUCUACAUUUUAAGGCUGUAGAAACAAAUCAUUUAGACCUUCCUGUACUGUCAGAGUUCCAGUCUGAGGUUCUUUGGGCGUUCUUCGAGUCCCGUACCGAGGCUGAUGCUGCAAGUCCUCCCCAUGAGGACUGCGAAGCACUAGGUAGAGAGGUUGGGCUCUCAGAGGAUGAGGUUCGGAGGUGGUUGAGCCACGCCCGGGAAACAAAGCAGAGACGGAGAGCAGAGCUGAAACACUUGGAUGGGUUUACAAGGCACAGUCAAGGGUCCGAUCAUAACUAUGACGAUGAGGAAAAUUCCCUGAUUAUUGCAGAAGGUGAUGAUGAUGCAGAAGCUUCAAGUAGUCAGGUUAUGGAUUUGUCCAGCACAAGAGAGAAACACAAGAGGAGGGAUGCGGGAAGGGAGGGCCGCGGAGACUCCGGUUUAACGUCUGACUCCGAAACCGAAGUGUACACUUCUGUCAUUGUUUUUGAUGAGGAGAGCCAAAAUGAAUCGCUUAGAGAAGGUCCUGAAAGUCCUGCUAAAGAGGAAGCACAGCGGGAGAUCCACACAGCUGGAGGAAAGGUGCUACGCUCCACCACUGUGUUUCUCUCUGACGCAGAGGACGAGUAUGAAGAUGAUGAGGGUGAAGGAGCUCAGAAGGCUAAGAAGAAAAAGCGCAAAGGUGAUUUUGAGCGGGAUGAGGUGGAGUCGAAGAAGGAACGACAGGACCCGGAUGUGGAUCUUGAGUUAGAAGCUCAAGGGGAUCCUCCAGCUUCGCAAUUCGCAGCGAAUGACCACACUGACAUUUCCCCCGGUGCACUACACUCGCUUCCUUUGUCCAUUGCUCCUUUUUCUACACAGUUCCUUAGCCCUUACGUUCUCUCUCUUGCUCCCUCGAUGGCAGGCAGUGGGAGCAAAAUAUCAGCCUUUCCCAACCCUUCAACAAUUGCCCGAUUCCCUGGCUCUUUACUCUCACAGACUCUCUCCUCCCACAACCAAACUUCGCACUACCUGUCCAACGGGGACGAUUGUGAGUCUGCCCUGGAUCUCAGCAUAGGGAAAAACAACUCCAAAUAUGCUUCUUCUUCCUCGUCUCUCGUCGAUAAAAUAUCUGUGCAGAAGGGACAACUGUUGGACGGACUUGGCCUCCGGCCCACGUCCAAAGGCCUGGUGGUUGUCCAGGUUAAACCAGAACCCGGUACUGCUGUCCCACCGUCUAGUAGUCCAAUAAGUCUGGUGAACUGCAGUAGCAUAAAGUCCAACAUCUACAUGAGAGCAGAUGACAAAACAAACACCCCAUUACUGAAAGCAGACAGAGAAAGGGAGAAGGAGACAGAGCUACAAGAGAGGAAGUCCAAAGGAAAAAGGUAUCGGGAUAUGCGCCGCUCAAGGACCAUCAUUCAAGCCGAACAGCUCGACAUUCUGUAUGGAUGUUACUUCAAAGACCCAAAUCCAGGGAAGCAUGAGUUUGAACAGAUUUCAGAGUGGGUCCAUCUUCCAAAAAAGGUUGUUCAGAUCUGGUUCCAGAACAUGAGGGCAAGGGAGAGGAAAGGCGAGGUUCGGUUCAUCAGCGAUGGCACUCUGGCUGCUGUUGGAAAACCUCUGAUCAAAUUCACGUGGCCUCUUUCUAAACCCAUAUUCUCCAACAAGGCUGCUACAAAUAACACGGGGGGCAUCACAGCUACUCCAAUUGUGCGGACUCUUAUAAAGACGGAAAAAGAGCCGGAGAAAGAGUUGGCAAAAGCAGCUUUGGUGAAGAAAGUGAUCCCUGUUCCUAUCAAACCCAAGGAGGUAGUUUCCUCCACCGUAGGGUCCCCUGUGAGCAGCAUCGUUACUGCAGUGCCAAAGACCAAACUUGAACCCAGCAGCAAUGUCGGUAUGGUGAAAGUUGCACCCAAAGUCCCUACUCCCGUCCUCUUAGCCCCACCCAAAGAACCAGUUCCAAUUGCUCCACGGCCUGUCCACAAACAGCAAGAAGACGAGAGCGAAGACGACAAAACCGAUGAGGAAAAAGAAGACGAAAAUGAAAUGACGAUCAGACCGGGGAUGGCUAAUCGCAUGGUGCCAAAGCUGGCCACAACUCCCAUUAACAACAGGCCUCCAGCCUCCACGCUGGUGUCACAAAAACAAAAUGGUCUCAACUACUGGACCCCCAAAGUCCCCAUAAAGAUCAACACUCUGUCAAGAGAACAACUGGCGCUUCCCACACACACACCUCCUCGUACCAUCCCCCCUCCUCCCACCCCCAGCAUCGCACCAGUCAGCCCAAAUACACCUGGCUCCGCCAAAGCGGCCAGCCCGUCCACGCCACUCAUACUGAAAUCCAACCCGACAGAAAGCAGCUUUGUGUCCCAUUCAGCCAGCCGCAGGCCACGCACCCACUUGUCCUGCCUGCAGCUGUCCAUCUUGCAGUCGUGUUACGAAACCUGUGCUCACCCCAACGCUAUGGAGUGCGAAGCGAUAGGCACGGAGCUCAACCUGCCGCUCAAGGUGGUGCAGAUCUGGUUCCAGAACACCAGGGCCAAGGAGAAGCGCUGGAGGCUGCAGCAGGAAAAAAUGUACCCCCUGUCAGAUGGGAAGGUGGACACCAGCUCAGGAAGCUAUCUUCACUACAGCGCCCUGAAAGCCAAUCGGCCCAUCUUGCCCAAGCCUGUUCAGCUAACGAUCACUGAACCUGCGGCCUCUCCAGUGCCGGGCCAGCCAGCUCCAAAGGAAACCCUGACGGGCCAUUGCGACGCCUGCAACAUCUCCUUCGAGUCGCGGGCCGCCGCCCGGGCCCACGUCUUCUCCCCACGUCACCUGGCCACAUUGAGAACCACUAACUUUGGCCAGCCAACGGCCCUGGUGAACAAGAACAGCGGGCAGGUGCCUCUCUCUUCUGCUGUGACCAGCCCGGGAGCUGGCUCUGAAGGGGAGAUCGUCAUCGAGUUGCCACCCUCGAGGGCCACCAGCAACAGUUAAAGACUCAGAUCAGGAAUGGUCUGCACAUCGACAAUUGUUGGACCCAUUUGGGCUCCUCAGAUUUUAAUAAACAUGUUUAAGCACUAAUCCUCUAAAGGUAAUCAAUCCUUCGCUAUGGCUUCCCUUCUCCCCACUACCCUAUGCUCGACCGUCACUUGGCCUGAUAUCAUUAACUGAGCAGACUCUUCCUAUGCUGCUUGUCACUUUAUCAGCUGAUUUCUGAUGAGAGUGAGAACGUUUUAAAGUUCUCUUCUACACUAUCACACUUUUCCGCAACGAUUUUUGAUCCUGACCCUGUGGUUAUGUAUGGACUAAUUUCCUAUAAUUUGUAAAGACACUCAAAGCAACGCUUGGGCUGUUCUAUCAUGAAGACUGAUAAAAGUGUUUUUUCUUCGUGGUAGUGGCCACGGUGAGCCCGGAAACACUUGGGAUAAUACCAUGAAAUACUCACAUACAUAACUGCCUGUUUUUGGUUUGUUUUCCCCCUGUGUAGUUUUUUUCCCCCUUAAUGCCAACUUUCACCUCUUCUCAGGCAAAGAUUGCUCAGAUAUGAUACGACUGGACUGAGCUGUUGGGAGAAGAAAAACAGCUGGCAAUGGCCAGCAUUUUGGUUGCUACAAGAGUGAUUUGUCUUCUCAUUUGGGAUCUAAAAGAGGUACUAUAGAGAGAUUAGGGCUGCAAAGUUGUCCACGAUUACAUGUUCAUAGUUUCAUGACAAUCUAAAAAAAAAAAAAAAAAAAAAGACUGAUUUAAAAGGGUUUUAAGAAAGUAGAAUUUGUGGCAUACCGCACUUUGACAUUUUACAUUGUUUGAGAUAUUUUUAAGCAUUCUGAUGCAGGUGUCUUUUAAUGGAAAGAUACAUUAAUGCAUGUUGGAUGCCUUAAUAUAAAUCACAUGAAAUCAUUUGUUUUUAUUUUUUUUGCUAAUCAGCUGUAACAUGCUUUGGGUGUGAACAUAAUUUACAGAGAAAUAAUAACUUGGUUACAUCAAUGAAGAGCUUUUUUCCAAAACUUUUACACCCGUUCGUGGGGAGCUGUCUCUCUGAAGGUCAUGAUUGAUAAUCUAUGAGUUAAGAAAUCCUGCCUGUAAAUCUGUCAGCAUUUUCCUGGCCAAGAGCUAUCAUUAUUUUGCUUAGUUUUUUUUUUACAUGAAAUGUUCUUGGUUCUGUAAAUUCUACGUCCUCCCAACGAUUGUGUGUCUUAUUUUUGGAAUGUGGCUCUUCAGACUUGCCUCGGAAAUCUAAAUAUUUUACACCUCCUGUUGGUGUGUUAGUAAUAUGGCAACCUUAAAAGGAAAUCCCAACAGGGAAUCUUUGGAAAUUGAUUUCAUCUCUGUUUGGCACUAAAACUUGGACUGAUUUCCCAAUUUUAUUUCAUUAUUUUUUUAAAUACUGUCAGAUUUUGUUUUACUCAUUUCAUUCACUUGAGUGUUUGUACACUGAUGGGAAGCAAUUACAACUGGCAUAACGUUUUUAUUUAGGUCAAAAGCCAAACCAGUCAGAUUGAGAAAGCAAGCCUGUUUCCCCUCAUUUUUGUUCGGUUUGGAAGCAGUAAGUGAUUCUGGUCACACGUGUGCUGUAAAAUGGGAUGUUAUACUCUUGUAACCACAACAAGAGAGGCGGUUAGGUAUUAUUAGUAUCGUCUAGUGGUUACUGGAUACUCAAAUCUAAGAAGUAAAUUAGGAAAUGGAACCUGUUCACUGAAAGCUAAUAAGAUGGUGCUGUGUUGAAGGACACAAACUAAAGAUGUUUUCCUUCGGUUUAAGUUGUAUAUUAAUGUUACUAUUAAUAGUUUUAACUAAAUGCAAAACUAAAACAUGAACUUUUUGUAAAGAAAUAUAUAAAGAAAAAAUAACUGAUAUUCCAAAGUAAUCCUCACUUUGCUUUCUGUCAUUCAGAAACCAAAAAGCAAUCUUUAGGUCGGCAGAGAGCAGGAGAGGUCCUAAUGCAAACUGUAAAACAAAAAAAGGACAUCCCACGGCUUGACACUUGCACUAGUCCACCAUUUUUGCACAAGCUACAGACAUCCGAGACGAACGCAGCCGUCGCCACGACGUUUGGAGCGGUGAUGAAACAAAGACGGGAACAAUGUCCUUUUAACCAUGAGUAAUAAUUUGUACUUCUGUUGGAAACUGUAUCUUGUGUGUUAAGCAGGGACUAGUGGGCUUGAACCUCAAGACUGGGAUUACACACACACACGCGCACACACAGACACGGUGUUGCACUGUCCAAACUAGAUAAUGUUUUUAUGGAGAUCUGCUUUAUAUUCCCUUACAUUUCAUUGUCACCUUUGAUUAUCACUAUUGUUAUAACUGUACUACUACUUAUACAAUUUAUCAUUAAUACUCAUCACUGUUUUUUGAUUCUUAUUGAUUCAUAAUGGUUUGAAAUGCCACUGCUCUCCUCAGAGCAUGGUAUUCCUAUGAAUAUUGAACAAUAAUAGUGGCAGUGUUGUUAUGAAUUGUUAGAUUUAUGAUUAAGCUUAAUUUUCCUCCUCACUUGUUCCUGCCUUUGUGUUUGGUCUCCAUUAUGCUUUCUUUGUUAUACAGAAAAACAAAUAAAACCAGUUGAACAAAGCAAA